GCUCCCUCUUUUUCUGCGCCUCUUCACUUCAGACGUGCACUGAAUCCACCACAGACUGAGCUGAACAGGCAGACCCCAGCCUAACGUUAUAACCGUAGUGGGCGUAAUAGCUCCACGUUACUAAUAAUAAUGGACUAAGCUUUCUUCGCUGUCGCAGGUUUAAUUAACGCUCCGUGUUCACGGGGAGUUGGAGGAAGAUGAGCUUCUCUUCGCCUGAGGAGGGUUUGCUGCUGCUGCUGUGUGGGGGAGUGGGCUACAUCCUGUGGCGUUUCCUGUGUUUGUAAACUAGACGGUGCAGAAAACGUCGGGCGAAGCGGGCUGUUUUAAUACUAGAUGAGUGAGGUGGGUGUGGCUUCCCACCAUCCCGACGACCAUCCUGACUGACGGAUCUCUGGAUGACCUUGUCCCCACCCCUGUCCCUGCGCUCACAUAUCCCACAGCAAUGUCACAUCUGCCCAGCAGCUCAGUCCGCGACCAUAUGAAAUGGGCGGGGCUGCUUGGAUGCGAGGCUGUCCUCUCCAGUAUGGCCCUGAUGCAGGCCAGUACAAUGGCUGCUCCGCCUAAAAAAAUGAUGUCUCCACUUGGCCACACACCACCUCAGAGAGAGGGACCUGACCGUGCUCCCCAGAGCCAUAUGAUCCUCCCGUCUGGAAUGAGCUGUCCACCACUACUCAUCCGGAAGGAAGGUGAAUUCCAAGCUCCCCGCCUGCUGGACGAGAAAGAGAUGAGGGCCAAUGAAGACAUGCAGCAGAAAAAAAAGAACAGGAAAUCAGUAACGCCCUGUAAAGUAAGAGAACAAGACGGAAGGGGUGGGAAGGGAGGUGGAGACGAGAAUGGGCCUUCAUCCAAAGUGCAGAAAAAUUUUAUUUGUGAUCACUGUUACGGAGCAUUUAGAAGUGGAUACCACCUAAAGAGACACAUCCUCAUUCAUACAGGGGAGAAGCCGUAUGCUUGUGCCGUAUGUGACAUGAGGUUUAUUCAGCGUUACCACCUGGAGAGACACAGCCUCAUUCACACGGGGGUGAAGCCGUACGCUUGUACCAUGUGUGACAUGAGGUUUUUCCAGCGUUACCACCUGGAGAGACACAGACUCACUCAUACGGGGGUGAAGCCAUACGCUUGCUCCAUGUGUGACAUGAGGUUCUUCCAACGUUACCAUCUGGCAAGACACACCCUCACUCAUACUGGGGUGAAGCCAUACGCUUGCUCCAUGUGUGAUAUGAGAUUUUUCCAACGCUACCACUUGACAAGACACAGCCUCACUCAUACGGGCGUGAAGCCAUAUGCUUGCUCUAUGUGUGACAUGAGAUUUUUCCAGAGAUACCACCUGGCAAGACACACACUCACUCACACGGGGGUGAAGCCAUACGCUUGCUCCAUGUGUGACAUGAGGUUCUUCCAGCGUUACCAUUUGGCAAGACACACCCUCACUCAUACUGGUGUGAAGCCAUAUGCUUGUACCAUGUGUGACAUGAGAUUUAUUCAACGUUACCAGCUGGAGAGACACAGCCUUACUCAUACAGGGGUGAAGCCGUACGCUUGCACCAUGUGUGACAAGAGGUUUUUUCAGCGCUACCACCUGGCGAGACACAGCCUCACUCAUAUGGGGGUGAAACCUUAUGCUUGCACCAUGUGUGACAUGAAGUUUUUCCAACGUUACCACCUGGCAAGACACAGCCUCACUCAUACGGGUGUGAAACCUUAUGCUUGCACCAUGUGUGACAAGAGGUUUUUUCAGCGCUACCACCUGGCGAGACACAGCCUCACUCAUAUGGGUGUGAAACCUUUUGCUUGUACCAUGUGUGACAUGAGGUUUUUUCAACGUUACCACCUGGCGAGACACAGCCUCACUCAUACGGGUGUGAAACCUUAUGCUUGCACCAUGUGCGACAAGAGGUUUUUUCAGCGCUACCACCUGGCGAGACACAGCCUCACUCAUAUGGGUGUGAAACCUUUUGCUUGUACCAUUUGUGACAUGAGGUUCGUUCAGCGUUACCACCUGGCGAGACACAGCCUCACUCAUACGGGGGUGAAGCCGUAUGCUUGUUCCAUGUGUGACAUGAGGUUUAUUCAGCGUAACCACCUGGAGAGACACAGCCUCACUCAUACGGGAGAGAAGCCAUUUGCAUGUGACAUGUGUGAUAUGAGGUUUAUUCAGCGCUACCACCUGGAGAGACACAAGCGUGUCCACAGUGGGGAGAAGCCUUACCAGUGCGAACGGUGCCAGCAGAAUUUUUCACGCACAGACCGGCUGUUGCGACAUCGGCGGUUGUGCCAGGGUCGCAGCGUACCCAAAGUAGAGAACCAGCCGUGCUGCGAGCCACGCCCUUAUCCCCAAGAACCCCCACCUGCACCUCCAACCUGGAGCCCCCUGCAUCCUCCGCCGGGGCGGCUGGCAGUCUGACAUUCCGCCUUCUCAUCACCCACAACUCCACCGGAGACGGGCCGAGCCACACAGGGUUUCCUCCUCCCACCUCUGUGCUGGGUGGUGCCACAAUCGAGCACAGACUGAUCUCACAGAAUGAUGACCGUGGGACUUUUAUGUUUUAGUUAACUUUUUACUGUGUUCCCCCUUUCUUUCUUGGUUUUUUUUUUUUUUUUUAAAGAAGAGACAUUUCGGUGAUGAACAGUGGUCCUGUUUUGUACUAUAUCUUUUUCUUUUCUUUUUUCCCCAAAAGAAACGUUUUUACUGUUAACAAAAAUCAGUUGGUGGUACUGGGGGGAACUGAACUGGCUAUUGUUUGUCCUUAUUAUGUAUUUGUGAACAAUUGGUGAAGAAAAGUAGUUGAGCUGCUUUAGAUAUUUUUAAAUGGCCCAUUUUGGCUGUAAAGAAUUGUCACUCAGGUUAAAAUGAUUAAAACUGAACUUUCCCUCCUAAGCAGAGAGCAGAAACUCUUCGGACGUGUCUCUUGUGGACCAGAGUUUGCUUGCCUUUUUUUUUUUUUUUUUUUUUUUUGCAGG